AGCCCAUACUAAAAGUAAACAGACUUGUUUUGAUCUGUCAGAAAAAGAAAAACAGACAGCUCUCCUAUCUGGAAGCAGCAGUCAGACAGCGGAUGAUGGUGCUGCCAGGCAGUUAAACCCCCCCGGCGGGAUGAAGCCUGAAGGACAGCGCUUUGACAUGGAGGGACAGCAGCUGGUUGGCUCCAUCAAACAGCCGGGCCGCCUGGAUCGACAGGUGUUCAGGUGUAGGAGCCACUUCCCCGGCCUGAUGGACGGCAUGCAGACCCUCAGACAGAGCGGAACCCUGUUCGAUGUGGUUCUGCUGGUGGAGGGUCGCUCCAUCCAAGCCCACCGCGUCCUGCUGGCCGCCUCCUGUCAUUAUUUUAGGGGCAUGUUCACUGGAGGCCUGCGGGAAACGCAGCAGACAGAGAUUCCUAUUCACGGAGUAUCCUACACCGCCAUGAAGAAGAUCCUGGACUAUAUCUACACCUCAGAGAUCGAGUUGGACCUGGAGAACGUUCAGGAAAUCCUGAUAGCUGCGACGCUCUUCCAGCUCGAUACCGUCAUCAGCUUCUGCUGUGACUUCCUGAUCUCCUGGAUGGAUGAAAGCAACAUUUUAGAGGUGCUUCACUUGGCUGAUGUCUAUGGACUUGAACAUCUGAAAGAAAAGGUGCAGUCCUACAUCCAGAGCAACAUUCAGACUUUGUCUCGGAUGGACGUGUACCGGCAGCUCCCAGAGGAGGAUGUCUUUGAAGCGCUGAGCAGCGACACGCUUCAGGUGGUCAGUGAGAACGAGGUGUACGAGGCCGCUCUUCAUUAUCACUACAGCCCGGAGGAGGUGGAAACUGACCAGGUUUACUUGCAGGUCAGUCCAAAGGCCAACCUCAGGAUGCUCGACGCUGUCCGCUUCAGCCUGAUUGAAAAGCAGGUGCUGCAGCGACUCCACAGCAGACUGAGUCCAUGUCCGCUGAAGGACUCCGUGUCGGCGGCGCUGAGGUACCACGAGCAGGAGCUGUUGCAGCCCGUCCUGCAGAGCCCCCUCACUCAGCCGCGCUCCACCUUCCACUGCAUCCUCGGUUUUGGGGGGAUGUACAGCUCCAGCUCCUACGUGGAAACGGAUCACGUCUUUCAGCUGUUCCACCCGAGCUGGAGCGAGUGGAGGACUCUCAAAGCGUCUCACGCUCCCCGAAUGUCCAACCAGGGCAUCGCCGUGCUCAACAACUUCGUUUACCUUAUUGGAGGAGAUAAGAACAGCAGCGGCUUUCGUGCCGAGAGUCGUUGCUGGAGAUAUGACCCUCGUUACAACAGCUGGUGCUCCAUCCAGCCUCUGCAGAGGCAGCAUGCAGACCACUGCGUCUGCGUGGCGGGCGGCCAUAUUUACGCAAUCGGAGGACGCGACUACAGGAGUGAGCUGAACUGUGUGGAGCGCUACGAUCCGAGCACAAACAUGUGGGAGUUUGUAGCCCCGAUGAAGAGAGAGGUGUAUGCUCACGCUGGGGCGGCGGUAGACGGCAAGAUCUAUCUGACGUGCGGCCGUCGAGGAAUGGCGUACCUCAGGGAGACGUACUGCUUUGACCCCGCAGCCGAUAACUGGACGGCGUGCGCAGACGGGCCGGUGGAGCGGGCGUGGCACGGCAUGGCUGCUGUAAACGGGCGCCUCUAUGUCAUCGGCGGUAGCAACGACCAGCGCGGGAUUCGCCGUGAUGUCCUGCAGGUGGCUUGCUUUGAGCCCAGCGCCAACUCCUGGUCUUUAGUGACCCCCCUCCCUUCUGGACACGGAGAACCCGGCAUAGCUGUGCUGGACAGCCGCAUCUACGUCCUGUGUGGGCGCUCCCACGACAGGGGCAACAGGAUGAAGUACGUUCACGUGUACAACACAGACACGGGAGAGUGGGAAAGCCAGACCGAAUUCAGGAGGCGCGUGUCCGGCCUGGCCGCCUGCGUGGCGCUCAUGCCCCCCGUUGUCAUCGCUCAGGCCCGGGGCUGGGAGCAAAGCUCAAAGGCUCCAUCAGAUGAAGCAGACAUAGACAACUCGGAGGAAUCCAGCGAUGAUUGAAAGGAAUUCUGUGUAUUUCCUAUCCGGGGCGUCACCACUUUUAAGGGACGGAGCAUUGAUAACUCGUAGUGCCUCUGAAUGAGAUUCGCUUAGCACCUUAUGCACAUUUUUUGUUACUUCUCAGAUUCGAGGUACAGCACUCCAUCCCACCUGCCAUUAUUUGCUCUUUAUUCCUUAUUUCUGUUCUCAUCUUUUUGUAAUAUAUGUUAUUAAAUUUGCUUAAUUGCACAAACUCCUUAAUCAAAGGGAGUGUCUUGAUUGUCAAGUUUGAAACGUUCUUCCAAGUUUGAUAUGAGGAUUAAAUGCUAAUAUCUGCUCUAGUUCUUGUUGCAUAAAAACUAAAUAUUCUUCACCAUGAUAUCCAUAACCGUGCCUUGUUUUGUGAUCGCAUCCUCUGUGUUUGAUAAUAUCAGAAGAAUGGAGUUAAUUUUGGUCCAUUAUUCUUGUAAGCAAAGAAUAUGUUUUGUAAAUGGAAAUAUGGGGGGGGGAAAUCCAGAAAUUAAACUUUGGAAAAUUUAAAAGAAAGCAACUUUGCUCCUUUCUCAGGAUUUUGU